AUGACGAAUAUUUCAAAAAAAACAAGAUUAACUCAUUUUAUGUUUACAAUUUACACGGAUAAUUUUCAAAAAUAUAAAGAAUUAAUAAACGAAAAUACACAAUUGAGAUUGGGAAAUUAUAAAUACAAUAAAAAAGCUUCGACAAUUAAAAGUAUUUUUCAAGAUGAAGAAAUGCAUAUUGAUUAUCAUAAUGGAACAUUUGAAGACAUGAUCAGAUAUUGUAAGAAAGAUCACAAUCGGUGUUCGAAAUAUCAUCCAUAUUGUAGAUGUGAUUUUUUUGAUCUAACAAAAAUAUGCGACAAAUGUAACGAAAGUUGCUUAGAAUUUUGCACGUUCGCAUGUGUCGAUGAUAAUUCUGGACCAUUUGAAUACGGAAAAUUAACAACAAAUAAUAAUGCUGAAAAUACACCGUAUUUUGGUAGAGAUAAUUUUCAAAUAGAAAACAAAAACAAAUAUUCUUCAAUUUAUAAUCAGUUCGAUUAUAUUAUCGAAUACAAAAAAUUUAGAAAUGAUGAUACACGUUCAUGUAUAUUUGAAUGUAUCUGUUGUUCAGUAAAAAGAAUUUUUCAUAAGGGCUCAUAUGAAAAUUUUAUUAAUCUUCGAUUUGAAAUAGAAUUUAAUUCAAAUGUGACUUUCAAACAGAUUGCUUAUAUAGUCAGAGAGGAUAAUUUAAUUGAAGAAUAUAAUAAAAUCAAGUACUACAACCAUGAUUUUAAAUCACAAGUUGACAAAUUUGAAUUAACAGACCAUAGAAUUGAAAACGAUUUAUAUGUUGAUAUGAUUGUAUAUCUGGAAGUAAAAAGAAAAUUAGAAAAUAGAUUAUGUGGAACUAAAAGAAAAAGAAUUCGAUUCAAAGGUUUUAAAGAAAACAAAAUUGAUUAUGUAAUUGAAAAAUCAGAUGAAAAUUAUGAUUCAGAUAUAUCAAUGUCUUUAUUAUCUUCUAAUGAUAGUGAGACAACAAAAUGUAGAAAAAAAGAAAAGGCUGUUUGUAAAGAACAUUAA